AGGAAGGUCGAGAACUCAACCCGAGUGCCCAACCACUCCGGUCCCGUCCCCCGGGUGCCGCGGUUUUGCGCUGCGCCCCGCGACUGGGUCAAGGCAAGGCAAAGGCACAGAGGCACAGGCGCCAUUCCGUUAGGACGCCGCACGGUUGGACGAGCAGCUCCAGCGGCCCGCGCUGUAUAUAUAUACCGCGGACCACCCGCACAUGCUUCCCCCAACCAUCUCUCUCCCCCUCGAUCUCUUCUUCUCUCCAAAGCCCAAGCGCCCAACGAUCUCUGCGCGGGCGCAAGCAAGCAAUUAGGACAAUUGCCUCCAAGCCGUCGUUGUCUGAUCGGUUCUUGUUUUCUUGGAGUCGGGCGUACGUGAUGGCCGCGCAGCCGUGGAGGUCUCUGCUCUGCUGCGUGGGCGGCGGGGGCGCGGAGGAGGACGGGCCGUCGCCGAGCGCGCCGCGGCAGAGGAGGACGAGGAGGGACAGGGAGAGGCAGCUGCUGCCGUCGUCGGCGUCGCGGGUGUCGCUGUCGAGCCUGAGCUCGUCGGGGACGCUCACGCCGGAGGACCUCUCGGUCACGCUGUCCGGGUCCAACCUUCACGCCUUCACCUACGCCGAGCUGAGGAAGGUCACCGGCGGCUUCUCUCGCGCUAACUACCUCGGCUGCGGCGGGUUCGGCCCCGUGUACAAGGGCCUCAUCGACGCCGCUCUGCGGCCCGGUUUGGACGCGCAGGCGGUGGCCGUCAAGUACCUCGACCUCGACUGCAGCACGCAGGGCCAUAGAGAGUGGCUGGCCGAGGUGUUCUUCCUUGGGCAGCUGAGGCACAAUAAUCUGGUGAAGCUGAUCGGCUACUGCUACGAGGACGAGCACCGGAUGCUGGUGUACGAGUACAUGAGCAACGGGAGCCUGGAGAAGCACCUCUUCAAGAGUCUCGAAGGCUCCAUGCCAUGGAUGACGAGGAUCAAGAUCGCCGUCGGCGCGGCGAAGGGCCUCGCUUUCCUCCACGAUGCCGACACGCCCGUGAUCUACCGCGACUUCAAGGCCUCCAACAUCUUGCUGGACUCGGACUGCAACGCCAAGCUGUCCGACUUUGGGCUCGCAAAGGAUGGGCCUCAGGGCGACGCGACCCACGUCACGACGCGCGUCAUGGGGACAAACGGGUAUGCGGCGCCGGAGUACAUCAUGACGGGGCACCUUACCGCCAAGAGCGACGUCUACAGCUUCGGGGUGGUGCUCCUGGAGCUCCUGUCCAGCCGUCGAGCCGUUGAUCGAGCACGACGACCUAGGGAGCAGAGCCUGGUGGACUGGGCCAGACCCUUCCUCAAGAAGACCGACAAGCUCUACCGGGUCAUGGACCCGGCCAUGGAGUGCCAAUACUCUUGCCAAGGGGCGGAGCGGGCGGCUAUGGUGGCGUACAAGUGCCUGGGCCAGAACCCCAAGUCCAGGCCCACCAUGAGGGAGGUGGUCCAAGCCCUGGAGCCCAUACUGGACAUGUACGACUACCUCCAGGUGGGCCCAUUUGUGUUCACUCUCAUAGUGGAAGACGACGACAAGAACAAGGAGAGCAAAGGCAAGCUGGUCGAUGGCCACAAAGUUGACAUGAGGAUUGAGACGACCGUGAAGGAGAAGCACCAGAGCCACCAGGACCGGCACCGGCAGAAGUUCCCGAACUCGGCGGUCCACGCUAACGUGGCACUGCACCGGGACGGCGACGUCAGCGGGCAGCACAUCGGCUCGUUGCGGCGGCACCAAAGGACCCUGAGCUACCUCAGGGAGAGGGCGGCGUAGGUCUGAUGGUCAGUCAGAGGGGCAGAUGUUAGCAUUAGAAAGAAGCAGCAGAUGGGAACUAAGAUCUGUACAUAAUUAAGAUAGAUUGUAGAGGGCUAUAUGAGCCUGUACACGAGCCACACAACACCAUACCGCAUUGGUUUGGUUACAAGAUUUUUGGUUCAUUUUUCCGUUUUUGAUAGUGAUACUUGGUGUAAUUGCCUACAGUGUCAUGCUGUACAUUGUCCAAUGCCAUCUGAAUUUUGAAACGUCAUUGUCUCAUUGAGUCGAUGAACAUGAUGAACA